AGCCUACAAACAAUUUUAAAAAAUAAUUUUGCACUCCAAUCAAGAAACACAAAAAGAUCCCAAAUUUAAAAGCUCAAUGAACACACUUUUCUUAAUUUAGUACCCAAAAAUAUUGAUUACUCCCAAAUUUAGCAUAAAUAUAUUUCUCCUUCAAUGAUCUCAUCACCAUCAUCCUUUUAGUUGCGCACAAUCACUUCUCUUUCGUUCUCUCCAUCACUGCGUUUACUGUUUCCAGAUCUCUGUCAUUCUCUUCUCUCUCCUCCGCCCUCUGCUUCAUCAAGAUCAAAUUCAGCGACACCCCAAUUAAUUAACAACAAUAAGAUGGCAAUGCAGGAGGCAAGUCCUGCCAGUACUCCAAGUGCUCAGGUUGUUGGCAAUGCUUUUGUGGAGCAGUAUUACCAAAUUCUUCAUCAAUCUCCAGAGUUGGUCUACAGAUUUUAUCAGGAAUCAAGCGUGCUGAGUCGUCCAGAGUCUAAUGGUGUUAUGACAUCUGUCACGACCAUGCCCGGAAUUAAUGAAAAAAUCGUGUCCUUGAAUUAUAAAGAUUAUAUUGCUGAGAUAAAGACCGCAGAUGCUCAGCAGUCCUACGGGAGUGGAGUUAUUGUUUUGGUUACUGGAUACUUAACUGGAAGGGACAAUCUCAGGAAGAAAUUUGCGCAAUCAUUCUUUUUGGCUCCUCAAGAGAAAGGCUUUUUUGUCCUGAAUGAUGUCUUCAGGUAUGUGGACGAUGAAGUCUCAACAGAACCAGCUUCAGAUCCAGUUAAUGUUAUUAAUGAGAAUGUGGAAGUAGCUCCACAGGCGUCAGAGCCAGAGCAGCCUUCUCAUGUUCAAGGCCAUAAUGGCCCAAGUCCUGAUUCCUCAUAUGAAGAAGAUCUUACUAAUGAGGCUGAAGUAUGUGAUCCUUCUGAUAAUGACGAUGGAUCAGUAAUUGAAGAAGAGAUUGUCGAGCCGCCAAUCCAGUUGACUCAGAGUGAGACAGUCACAGUCACCGUCACCUCUGAGCUGUCUGCAUCUCAAGAUGACGCACCCAAGAGAUCCUAUGCAUCAAUUUUGAAGGCUAUGAAUGCCAAUCCAUCACCUAAACCAUUCAAAGCACCUGCUACUAACAUCAAGGUCAAGCGUCCAAGUAGCAACCAGGAAGCAAUUGCAAAACCUGCUCCAGUGUCUGGGCCAUCAGCUUCAACCAGUGAAGCUGGUCCUGAAAAAAGCGAUGUACUCGUAGAAGCCGAAGGUCACUCUAUAUAUGUGCGGAAUUUGCCUCAAAAUGCAACAGCCGCGCAACUUGAGGAGGUCUUUUCAAAAUACGGGCCAAUUAAGCAAGGUGGUAUCCAAGUAAGAAGUAAUAAGCAGGGUUUCUGCUUUGGUUUUGUCGAGUUUGAAUCUGCGAGCUCCAUGAACUCCGCAAUUGAGGCCUCUCCCCUCAUGAUAGGGAGCCGUAAAGCUGUAAUAGAAGAGAAGAGAACUACAACUCGAGUCUCUGCUGCUGCAACCGCUAAUAAUGGAAGAGGGAGAUACCCAUCUUCAAGGGGUGGCUUUCGCAGUGAGAGCUUUAGAGGGCGUGGAAACUUUGGUGGAGGACGUGGUUAUGGAAGAAAUGACUUCAGAAGUCAGGGUGAGUUUUCAGGUAAACCUAGGGGUGGUGGAGCUGGAAGAGGCGCUGAGGGUUAUCAGCGAGUUGAUCAAAAUGGAACCGGAAACACUGGUCGUCAAGGACAAGACGGACAGAAGUAGAGAAAUUUUAGCCGCGGAAACCAAAAGUGAAGUGAAAGAGAUGAGGAACAAUAUUUUGUUUUGUUUGGUAUACAGUUGAAGAGUUUAUUUAUCAACUGUUAAUUUAGGCUUUAGGCACCACAGUAUACUUAAUCCUCUCGAUUGCGGCUUUUAUGUUUUUAUUUUUGGUUUCCUUUUUUUUUUAAUUAUUAUUUAGGAUUUUCAUUAUUUCCCAAUAAUAAUACACCAUUUUUCCCCUUUCCUUUUCAAAAAAGUAUUCUAGUAAUUCAUUUUUUUUUUAUGGAAUGACAUUUCACUUCUAAAAAUAUACUACAAGGUGUAUUUGAACUUUCUUGCUA